AUGUUAGUGUCAGUGACUACGUUGAAUGACCAAAUCUUCACACUCGAAGUGUCUGACGAACUAGAAUUAGAGAAUUUCAAAGCUAUGUGUGAAUAUGAAGUGGGGAUACCGGCGAGGGAGAUUGUCGUUAUGUGGAACGGCCGGCCACUUCAUGAUAACAAGCGGACAAUGAAACAAUACGGAAUAAAAAGUGGAGAUAUGUUAUUGUUACAGCAGAUCCGAGGACAGCAAGGACAGCAGCAACCUAUGGAUUCGUCCUCAUCAGGUGCUGGUGUUCCAAACAUCGACUUUGGUCAAAUCCAAAUUCCUGGUAUGAUGGGAGCCACAUCAUCUAGUCAUCAGCAACAACAACAGGCCACAUUUCCAGAAGAUGACCCUGCUGCUGUAAGAAAACUACUCCUGGCAAACCCCCAUGAACUGUCUCUUCUGAAGGAACGGAAUCCACCACUAGCUGAAGCCCUUCUUAGUGGUGACUCAGAAAAAUUCAACAAAGUGUAUUUAGCUCAAAGAAAGGAACGAAAAGAAAAAGAGCUUGAAAAGAUCAAAUUAAUGAAUGCAGACCCAUUUGAUCCGAAAGCACAGGAAGUUAUAGCAGAGGAAAUUAGAAUGAAGAAUGUUGAAUCCAAUAUGGAAAAUGCAAUAGAAUUUGCUCCAGAAAGCUUUGGGCAGGUGCUAAUGUUAUAUAUAGACUGUCGUGUGAAUGGCCAUGCUGUCAAGGCCUUCGUUGACUCAGGAGCUCAAAUGACCAUAAUGAGUCAGGCUUGUGCGGAGAGAUGUAAUAUCAUGCGGCUUGUUGAUCCUCGCUGGGCUGGUAUAGCAAAGGGUGUGGGUACACAGAAAAUCAUUGGCAGAGUUCACUUAGGUCAAAUACAAAUCGAAAAAGACUUUCUCCAGUCAUCUUUCUCUAUACUGGAGAACCAACCUAUGGACAUGUUGCUGGGACUGGACAUGUUGAAACGCCAUCAGUGUUGCAUUGAUCUAAAAAGGAAUAAGUUAGUGAUAGGUACCACAGGAACAGAGACAUCAUUCCUGACUGAGUCAGAACUACCAGAACAAUCUCGUCUUAACUACAACCAGCCUCAAUCACCGAAGUCUAUAUCUCAAGAGGACCAACAGUUGGCCGAGGCUCUCGCACGAUCCCAGGACGAGACGAGGGGAGCUUCUUCCUCAGCUGGUGCCUCUGGUUCGCGCUCAUUUCCUGAACCAGUCAUAAAAGAACUAAUGAGUAACGGUUUUACACGUGCUCGUGUUAUAGAGGAACUUUCCAUCGCUAAUGGCAACAAAGAGGCUGCUCUCCUUGCUCUAUUUGCAAAGGCAUUCACAGUACCAUAAUCACAGUAAUAUGGAUGAUUGUCAUGACGAUGUGUGGAUGGUGGACAAGAUGUGGUGGGAUAUGAGAGUGAAUAUGUUGUGGCGACCAAAUAUGGGCAUAUGCUACCACAUUCAUAAGAAAUCUAUGCUCAGAUAUUGAGGAAUGGAACAAGUGAAGGAUAAAAUAUUAAUUACAUUAAGUUAUAAUUUGUAGAUAAAAAGGUGACAUUUGGAAAGCACUUCAGGGGUAUACUUCACAGAGGAUUUAUUUUUACCAUAUCAAAAAAAAUGUAUAGAUGAAAUGAUUUUUUUAAAAUUUUACAACAAGAAGUCUCAAAUCGUGCCGAGUAUGAUUCAAGAUCAGGUUGCUGUACAAAAGAAAAAAAUAUUGACAAUAUACAUUGUAUAUGCAUGUUUUAGAAAUAUAAGAAUUUCUUCAGAAGUAGUUGACAAAAAUAUAUGAACUUAGUGUAAAGCGGAUAAUAUAUGGAGAGUAUGACUAUAUUUACAUCUGACGAUUAAUUAAUAUCUCAGUACACCUUUUACAUACUUUUACAUGUAUACAUAACAACAGCAAUACAAUCAGUCCGAUAAGUAAACAGUUACCUAACAGCCACUAAUAACAUCUUUAAAAUGAACUAGCUAUCAUUUGACCAUUCAAUAUUUGAAAUACCAAUUAUCUCAAUCUUCUUAACAAUAUACCCCUUCCACGGAUGUUUUGUUUUAAAUUAUUUCACAUACAUUAUAUAAGUCCAUAAGAAUUUAUUCACUUUAAACACAUUAACACACAUCUACUUUGUACGAGAAAGACCGGUACACUAUAGCCUUUCAAGGUUAAAACAAGGUCACUUUUACUAUAAGCAGGAUAUUGGUGGUGUUAUUAUACAGACUACAUUUUCAUUUUAUUGUCAUAAAGCUUUAUUUAAUUAAUGUUUUUCAUUUUAAUAUAUCACCUCUUGUGCAAUUUGUGUUUCAAUUUUCUUUCUUUGGUAAAAAAAAAAGAGACCAUAACAAUGUGAUAACACAACUGCAAUAAUUAUUUACACAUACUUGUAUUUCCAGUAAAACUUCUGUCUUAAAAAAGACUCCCUCCUGAUACAAGACUUCUACCCAAUAACAAAUAAUGCACAUAUAAUCAACAUGACAAACAAUUAUAGUUUUUGAUAUUUUGGAGUGUUUUGUUACCAGUUAUAAUAAUCAUCUCAAAUCCCAAAUUACCCAGUGCACUUGUUAUUUGAUUCUGAUAAAUGAUAAUUGUUCCAUGGCCAUGCAUCACAAAAUGAAGACCUUUUGUUUGAGUUAUUGAUUUCAUUAUCUUACAUUAUUGUCUUAGAAUUUUGUUCAGCCUUUGUUUAUUGUGUCUUGUGUGAAAAUGAAAAUACGAAUCUUAUGCCAUUUUGUAGUUUUAAUAGUCAUAUGUACAUUAGAAGUAUAUGUGGAAACUUCAUUGAAAACAUGUUUUUCUAAACCUUGUAAUUUUGUGUUACCAGAAAACUCAAAGGAUAUAUCAACUGUUUUGAAAAUUCCUUACUGUACAUCAGUUUGACACAUAUCUCUUUUCCUACGUUUACUAAUAAAUAUACGGUAGUAAACAUGCAACGUCACAAGUCAAGAGGUGGGUCUACUACAGUACUAGUAUAACAUAUUUUUGGUACAUUAUUUUAUCACUGUCAACAAUAUAAUUUGGCUUGUUGUUAGAUGAAGAUAGCUAUUAUAGGUACUCCCUAUGAUAACAUAUUUGCAUUUCUACUGUGCAGAACAUGACAUGUAUCUGGUGAAUAAAUAUUCCUUUUUCUCCAAAAAAAAAAAAAAAAAAGUUAAAAAUUCUUUCUUUUAUACUGAAUGAUAAAACAUGUUUAGCUGGAACACUCCCAGUGAAUUUGAGGGAGGUUUUUCUUCAUCGUCGGAGAUACAUGUAUAUGACCGUGCAAAUGUUAUAUUUUAUUUGAUGAUGUCAUCAAACAAAUUCAGAUACAUUUGUAUAUAUAAUAUAGGGGUAUGUGCUUACUGUAGACAUGUUUUUACCACAAUGUAGGUGUUAGGUAUUUAUCUUAAUGAUUAUACCGGUAUAUGAUGGAAAUCUGUUUUGAACAUUCUUAUUAAUUUGUCAGAUAAUGUUCAGAUUACAACUUGUUAUUAUUCAAACAGUAAGAUUUAAUAGUGUGUUGAUAUACCGAUUGUAGUUCUUGAUCUAGUUAUAGAAUGCUAUGAUAUAAAUAGGAAGUCAUAUUAAUUUGUUUGAUGUGUAUAAUUUAAUUUAUAGAUAUUAAUAAAUAACUCUCUGAGAUAAUCUCUGGAAAAGCAAUGAAACUCAGGUUAAUUUGAUAAGCAUAUAAUCAAUUAUCCCUCAUUGGAAACAUGUUUUGUCCUAAUUUAUUUCAAUGUUAUUUCCAUGAUUGAGCUGCCAUCUUCCUGUGUGUGACGAGUUUCUAAAAGAGUUAUGAAUCCAAAUGAUUAUAAAAGUAUACAUGAACUGUAAUGUUUGUUUAUCAAGCAGUGUUUGGUUGUAUCUGUUAUUUUAUGAUGCAGUGGUGUUCAGUAUGUGAAGGAUAAUAAAAAAAUAAUACAAUUUA